UGACUGUUGAAUGUGUUUCCUCUCGAAACAACAUUAGAAAGUUUUAUGGUCUGCAUUUAAUUCAAAGUGUUAAUUAUAAGUUAUUCAUUAUGAGCAGCUAGCAGAGUGAGGGCAGUAUGCUAGAACGUGUGGUAAAACGCACAUCACCAGGAACGCAAAGGAGCGCAGAGGCACAACAGCAGUGGUGGUGGAACCAUGGGGGAACCAUGAAUCUCAUUAGAGGAAUUAGAGAUUAAUGAUUCUGUCCUGUCACAGGGCAGCCAUCGGCCCCAUUGCCUACGGUGUGACACACAGCACGUCAACAGGCUUUCUGGAACAGCUUACAGGGUUGAGAGGGGUAACUGCCAGCAGAACAUGGGUUGUCUUAUGGGAUGCAGGAGAUGAGCAUCUUGUGAUUGUAUAGGGCUUCUUACAGAUGCUUAAGGGAGGGAGCAAAGGAAGGGUUUGCAGAGCAACAGCUAUGGGAAAAUAGAUGGAAAAGAGGAUAAAAAGGCCCAGUCACGUGCGAACAAACACUGGUCAGUGUGUUUGUCUGGUCACACUCUAUGCCAGAUUUCUGUGGCCUAUUCCCUUUUCUCAUGAAGCUCCAUAUCUAACUGUUCUCCUGGAAGAUGGGACUCUGUGUUCAUAUGUGCGUAUUGAAGUCUCAGUGCAAGCAACAGGAGUGGUACCAUAAGCUGUAGGGACCUGUGUGACUGGAGAGAGAGAGAGCGAGAGGGUCUAAGAGCCACCAGCUGGGUUGGGGACCUGGAGAGAGCAGAGUGUGUGCAUGUUGGCAGGUCUGUCAGUGUGUGAUUGCUGGUGAGCAUUGGGCUGGUGAGUAGGACAAGGGAUCUGGGGCCAAGUAUGGGUGCAGCUGGGUGUGGGCACAAUGCUAGUGAGAUGAGAGGAUCUCUGAGCUGGCAGUGAGAGAGAUCAGGAGAGAAUGUGAGGUUUGGGAAUUGUUUUGGAGGCCCAUUGGUGCAUGUGUGUGAGAGAGGUGAAUGGAUACAAAGGGAUCCAGUGGCUGGGUACUGGGUAGGCUGAGCAUCUGAGGCCGUUUGGUGGGGGAUCUGUGGUGCACCCGUGGGGAGCUGGCACUGUGAGUCUGGAUAAAGGCUGAACCAGCAAUGGGAGGGGGUCUCUGGGGAGACCGACACUUCCUGGGUAGAUUGAGUAGGUAAGGCCGUUUCCUGUAGAGAUGUGUGUACGCCUGCAUUUAGCACUCACAGACUUUCGUUCCGCUUGGCCAGAGAAGGGAACAGCAGGAGGUGUGUGUGCAUGUGUGCAGUCCAGCCUCAGCCUUGCUGCUGCCGGUACCUGGGACAAGGAGCUGCAGCACCCUUGGGCUGCCUGGUCCAGCAGCACCCAACAGGUGAAAGUUACUCUUUCUGCAAGUUGAGGAUGCAGGAAUCUUUGGUUCUCAGAGCAUAAAUUUGAAGCCCAAUCUACAAGGACUGCUAAGUUGUGAUAGAGUUUUAAAACAUUUGUCAUGUUGGCUGAUGUGAAUAAGGCUACUUACAUGAGCGUGUAAGUAGAUAAAGAGAUUUGUUUAAGCUGUCAUGAUGUAGUAAUGGAGCACAAGCGUAAGCUUAUCGUUAUAGUUUUUUUUUUCUUUCUUUUGAAAUUGCAUCUCUUUUUGAAGUCAAGAGGAGUGAAGAUAGAAGCAGGAAUAAAAAUGGGGAUCUUUUAGUGACCUAGUAUGUUCUGCGCUUAUCUUUUCCCUCUCCAUGUAUCUCGCCCCUGAAUAAGUCCUUUUUUGGAAAGGAGUGGUAACAAGGAAGUCUGAGUGGGAGUGCUUGUCAUCAUAAGAACUGCUGUCACUUUCAGUUACUCCUGCUGGCAAGUUAAAAGAUGCUACAUGUGUCAAAUAUCAACAUACUAUUAAAAAACAAAAGUACUGUCCUGUUUGCAGUUGGAGUUUAUGAACGUAUGGGUAUGUAUGUGUGUGUGUCGUGGUCCAGUUUGUUCAUAUGAAAUUGACAGGUGAUGAGCAGAUUAUUUUAAAUUGAAAACUGUAUAAUAAUAUUGAUAAUAAUAUCAUCAUAAUAAUAUUGAACAGUGGAACAACUUUUUUCUACUAGAAACUUCUGCAGCUACUUUGUGUGCAUCCGUGGAUUAUUUUCCCCCCUUUUAAACAUGCUGAAGAACGGCAUUGUUUUAUCCUGGCGCUCUCCCUUUGCACAUUACCUGUUCUGAAGAGACCUUUGUGGUGAUACGUGGGACAAGUUAAAGCACAAAAAGAUAUUUGUAGUGCAUGUAUUACCUUCGGGAAAUGGCCUCUUCUAAGUCUUUGAUGAACCUUCUGACCUUCAGUUUUGGAUCUGCGAUAGGAUUUUUUCUAUGCUAUCUCCUGUUUAGCAUGAUACUAGAAGAACAGGUUGAGACCCAACCUCGUAUUCUUCACAAUGAUCCACAUGGUCAACACUCAGAAGAUACUGAUAAUAAUCAGUUGCAAGGACAAAUGAAUUUCAAUGCGGAUUCUGGACAGCAUAGAGAUGAGAAUAAAAAUGUUGCAGAUGGACUCUAUCAGAAGGUGAAAAUACUUUGUUGGGUCAUGACUGGACCUCAAAAUCUAGAGAAGAAAGCCAGACAUGUUAAAGCCACCUGGGCCCAACGUUGCAAUAAGAUACUUUUUAUGAGCUCUGAGGAAAAUAAAGACUUCCCAACGGUGGGCCUAGAAACCAAAGAAGGAAGGGACCAACUUUACUGGAAGACUAUAAAAGCUUUUCAGUAUGUGUAUGAGCAUUAUUUUGAUGAUGCUGAUUGGUUCAUGAAAGCAGAUGAUGAUACGUAUGUUAUAUUGGACAAUUUAAGAUGGCUUCUUUCAAAAUACAGUCCCGAACAACCAAUAUACUUUGGAAGAAGGUUUAAGCCUUAUGUGAAACAGGGCUACAUGAGUGGAGGAGCGGGGUAUGUUCUAAGCAAAGAAGCUCUGAAAAGAUUUGUUACUGCUUUUAAAACCAACAAAUGCUCUCAUAGUUCCUCUAUUGAAGACCUAGCACUAGGAAAGUGCAUGGAGAUCAUUAAUGUACAAGCAGGAGAUUCUAGGGAUACCAAUGGUAGGGAAACCUUUCAUCCCUUUGUUCCAGAACAUCUCUUAAUCAGAGGAUACCUGCCAAAAACAUUCUGGUACUGGAAUUACAAUUAUUACCCUGCUGUAGAGGGUCCUGGAUGCUGUUCCGACCUUGCAGUUUCAUUUCACUAUGUUGAUUCCAUGACUAUGUAUCACUUGGAGUAUUUGGUUUAUCAUCUCCGUCCAUAUGGGUAUUCGUAUCGGUACAAUCCUGAUUCGGCAAAGAGUCUAGAGGAGCAGAACAAAAAUGAAGCGCAAGAGGAUAAUCCAAAGCUAAAGCAAAAAACUUCUGAGAAUUAAUUGGACUUUGAAGGAAACCGAAGGAAGGCAGUACGGCGAACAAGAGUCUUCUCAAACUCCUGCAUGAAGCUUGUGGACUAGGAUUAUUCCUGGUGAUUCUUAUUUCAAAAAUCACAUGUUGGCAGUGCUACCAGUCAGUGUCUGUGCACAAGAGUCCAGCGUAGGCUCUGGCUGUUUGGGAUAGUGUGACAUUGCAGCCCUACUUACAAAGAUUUGGGGCCCUAGAACUGUGAAGUAGGAGGAGGUUCUGGUACACUAGUCCCUAGAAGAACUCAAAGCAUAGUGGACAGAUUCAAAGAUAAUCAUACAGUAUUUCUUUUUUUUCUUUUCCCUUCCAAUGUUCUGUUAGGUGAGUUCUUAUACUAGAAACCUGAUGUAACACGAAUGCUUCAUGAUGUUUUUCUCCAGUAUUCUCAGUAUUCCGAAGUUCCUGUGUGCAUGUUGCCCUAUAAGGAAGUGAGAAGAGUGAAAAAUAGAGCCUCAAAUCUGCUUUGCCUUAAUGACAGACUGGUUGAUAGGAACAGAGACGCAUCUCAGUGCUUAUUUUCUGAAUUAUUUCAGAAAUCAAAUUCACUGCUAUGAAUUAUUUACAAUUUUUUACUGUAAGUCUCUAUUGUGCAGAACAAUCUGAAGUUAGAUCACUGCUGUCUUAGGGAGAAAUCCAGGGAUAGUUGUUACUGUUCAGAUUCCUGAGGUGAUGUGAGGAGACUGUUUGCCCAUGGCUUUUUUUUUUUUUUUUUUUUUUAAAUCAAGUUACCACUUGCUUAAAUGGAUACAUACAUUCAUCUCAGAACUUGGUAAGAUAAAGAUGCAUUUUCAUAUGAAAGCUCUCCUCCUCCGUGACAUUUUCUCUGUAAAUCAGAAAGGUUAGUAUGUUAACAAAGUUACGGUGGCAUAUGAUAAUUUGGUUUCAGCCAGUGCUGGAAUUAGUUCAUUUCUAUUUAAUUUCCCAUCACUGUACUUUGAGAUUAUGAAGCUACCUUAUUCAUUAGAAUUUUACAGAUACAAACACGUACUGUUUUAAAACAGCAACAAAGCUGAUUUGACUGCUUGGCUUAAAGCACUUCAUUUCCCUUUUCUGAACUUUUUUUUCCUCCUUUCCUAAAAUUUCUUCUGCAUUUGUUUCUUGUUGCUUUUUUCAGAACAAAGUGUUAGAUGAUCCCCGUGUCGCUCUUGUGAAGCUGAAGUAUAUAGUUAUUCAGGUAACCCAGCCUGAAUGCAGGUAUCUUUCAAAGUGCAUUAAUCUCUCCACUACUUUAUGAGCGUCUCUGCCUCUUAACUGAAAACACUUCCUUGGUGUGGAACAAAACGGUUUUAAUUACUGAAGAAUUUUCAGAAGUCAAGUGUGUGUUUUACAUCUACAACACAAAACUUCGUGGUUUUCACUUUUUCAAAUUCAGUUAAUAGUGCGGUUUGGUUCAGGGGCUGGGGUUAAGCUUGACAUGCCUUUAUUCCACACUUGAACAAAAUUUCUUUGUCUUUUUAGCGUUUUUCACCUUCAUCAUAUUGAUGAAUUUGGACAUAACCUAAUUACCUCCAGUCAUUGCUUUGGAAAGGGCACAUACCGAUAGCAGACAGCCUUAUUUACUACUGCUGUCCUUCAGGGUGUUCCUGGGAGAGGACGUUACCAUAAAGUACUGGAAUUUUCUUUUUCCAAAGAUAGUUCUCGCACAGAUUGGGGUUCUGUCUGUGGUCCAGUCGUAAGGUCGUGACUUCUUUUCUGAUCAUUGCUCUGCAGCAUAGUGACGAUUACUGAAAUAUGUGGAAUUGAAAUAUUAUGUGUAAUGUCUUUGCCUGAAUAUAGGUUAGGUUUGUAUGUUACAUCUGUUGAUCUUUCAUGAGAAAGGUUCUCUGCAAUACUGAAAGAGAUGAGCUUUAUUUUAUCUUAACUGACUGAAGCAGAAAAUUCUAACUGUAUUUGAUUAGAAAAAGGAAAAAGCCUCCAGUUUGCUCUAGACAUAGGGGUGCUUGUCCAGAGAAUGUGUGAUACCUUGUUUUAGUUAGAUGCUUCCUUCUGUGAGCUGAGUGUUUAUCCCGCGUGCCACACAAACAAGAAGACUGUGAAAUCCAAAUGCUGUUGAUAACUCUGGUGGCACUGUUCAAACUUGCAGUUAAAAGUUCUGGAAUACAUAAAGAAACUAUAGAAUGAAAUCAAGAUCCCAACGUUAAUCUCUUUGCCUUUGCUCAGUGGCAGUUCUGACGAUUGUGUGGGCUGAGCAGAGCAGGGCAGGGCCUCGGGUGGAAUGGAGAAAUAAGGAAGCGAGCAGCACGUAUCUGCAAGUUCCAUUUCUUUAGAGAGCGAGGCUAAGAACAUAACUGCCUUGCAACAAGUAGGCGGCCUGUCCAGAGAAGUAAGAGCAGCCUGCUCUUCCAACACUCGUUCUGGCUUUGUUUUGAAGUGUUCUUGCUCCCAGGCCUCUAAUUUUAUUUCUUUUGCCUUUCUGGCAGCACUGCAAAGAAAUACAAAUACUGUUUUCCUGUCAGUAUCCAAACAGGCUGGAAAAAGUAUUGAUUUGACAUUCUAAUAGAGGGCUGUUGCUCUCUGUUAAAUUGUAUUGCAGCAAUGAGCUGGUACCUCCUGAAGCAAUUAGUUUGCAUCUCACUCUUUGAAAGCUUAAGUGGACAAGAUUGGAAUUUGAGCAGUUAGUAUAACUUUCACAUAACAUCCUACAGAGCCGUUGGGAGUUUACAGUUUCACUCUCAGGUCCUCGUGCUUUGACAAAGUAUUUACUGAGUAUUUCUGUAGCCCUGGCAGGCUGCUUGGCAGGUGGAUUCGCCCUCCCGAAGCACAGAAGCACAGUUUCUUCAGCUAUUUAGAGUAUUGUGCUUUCUCUCUCUCAGAUUUCUUAAUUGUAUAAAAUGCAGAAACUUUCAUUGACAUGGUUGUGAUUAAAAUGAUGCAUCUAAGAUUUUUGAGCUAGUUUUCUUGAAAUCAGGAAGCAGCAGGCUUUUCUUAAACGGUUGUUCGCCCCUGGAUAAGAGAAUGUUACUUAGCGUGAGGCAGUAACAUAUGAACCCUGCAGUAAGUGUGUUUUAGCUCUCAAGAAAUGAGAGUGCCAAGCGGAGUUUCUAAUUGGAGGACAGUGUUACAUUUCGCUUGCAGAAAAAGACCAAAUUUAAUCUUUCACUUUGAGUUCAUUUGUGCAGUCCUCAUUGGACUUAGUUAAGGAGUUAGGCAGUGGUGGCGUGAGCACGGUCUCUCAUUCUGUGGAAGGUCUUUCCCCAAUGUCUUUCGCCUUUAAGGACACUUUCUUUGUUUUGCUUUGUUGGAGGUAUGUAACAAAAUCACUUCUUCUUUACAGAUUACUGCUUGUUCUGUUGUGUUUGCGGAGCGUGUGUUUCAGUGAGUAGCUGGUACACCUGUAGUGCACAGUUUGCUACCUGAGAAGGGCUUCUGUCUUUGUACAACUGAGAAAAUUGGGGCUUAUUUCCCUGGUGUCCCUGCUCCUGCUGCUAAUAGCGCACACACAGGUGGACGUAGCUCCUUCAAUACGGCGCAACGUGGGAAGGCUGUUCUGGCCUUUUGCUGACCAGAAAAACUUCUGUGGGAUUCCAAAGGUGUAAUUUGCUUUAGUUUACCAUACUGUAUUUAAAAUACUCCAGAAAUGUUGUUAAUGCUCUUAAAAAAAAAAAUAAAAUGAAUAUUGCUGCUGGACAGUAUAUUCCACUUAAAACCUGUGAAUGUUUCAUUUUGCAGUUAUAGGUCGUUGUGUCCCUGCUGACAGGUGUGAGUUGGUGACUUGUCUGGACUGACCCCUGUAAGAUUUGUUUCUGAAAUACCUUCUUUGAAGUGCCUUUGACCAAUUUUUAGCAUCAAAAUUAAGUUUGGAAUUGAAUAAAUGAAAUAAGUUAUCUCACA